AUGGACGAUAAAUAUCACCGGGCGGCGCGCGAUGGGCGCCUGGACCUGCUGAGAGAGGCCACGCGCAGGGAGCUGAACAGCCCUGAUGAGGACGGCAUGACCCCCACACUGUGGGCAGCAAACCACGGACACCUGGACGCGCUCAGACUGGUGCUGGGACGGGGCGGAGAUCCGGAUAAGUGUGAUAUCUGGGGAAACACUCCUCUGCACUUGGCUGCAGCUAAUGGCCAUCUGAACUGUCUGUCCUUCCUGGUGUCGUUUGGUGCCAACAUCUGGUGUCUGGACAAUGACUACCACACGCCUCUGGACAUGGCUGCCACGAAAGGCCGCAUGGACUGCGUGCGCUACCUGGACUCAAUCGCUGCCAAGCAGAUUACCCUAAACCCGAAGGUGGUGAGCAAACUGAAGGACCGUGCCUUCCGUACUGCGGAGCGCCGCAUUAAAGAGUGCGCCAGACUGCAGCAUGAACACCACCAGCGCAUGGAGAAGCACUUUCUGAGAGAAGCAGCGGCCUCAGACAUGUCUGACACCAUCAGUCUGUCCAGCUACAGCAGCACCCUGAGCCGAAAGAUACCACAAUUCAGCACCAUCAACUCCAGCAUCACAUACACACAGGGGCUGCACUCCACGGCCAAAGGCAGAACAAAGAUCCAGAAGCGGCUGGAGAAGAAAAAGCAGAGCGACGGCACCUUCAAGAUUUCCGAGGAUGGCCGAAAAAGUGUCCGUUCGCUGUCCGGUCUGCAGUUAGGGAAUGAUGUGAUGUUCCUGAAGCAGGGGACGUACACCAGCCCUGGCCAGCGCAUCCCUAACCGCCUCCAUGUCCGCAACAUGUUCUCCCACAGCCCAUUAGCUGAUUAUGACAGUGAUACAGACACAGUUUCACGAGUGCUGAGUGAUCCAGGACUGUAUGAGGCCGCUUACUCUGAGAUCAGCGAGGACUCCGGGAGAGACUCUUUGUUCUCCCGGCCAGGCCUGGGAACGCUUGUAUUCCGGCGGAAUUAUGGCAGCGAGGGUUUGCUGGGGUUCAGUCGAGAUGAUUCAUACAGUGUGGCGGGAAGCGAACCAGUGGGACGGGUGCCAAACGUUCACUUACGAGGUCGACUACCACUCAGAUCUCCCAGUCUAGAUCAGGACAGCAUCGACAGCAUAGCAAGCCUACAGGACAGGAAUCUACAGGAUUUGCCAUGGGAGGAAGGUGAUCUUGGUGUGGAGGAUGAUGAUGAAGAGCUGCAGCCCUCCUCAGCUCCUCUGGAGGUGUUUCUGGCCUCUCAGGGCCUCAGCGAGUUUCUCUCUAUUUUCCUGAGUGAGCAGAUGGACCUGGAGGCUCUGCUGAUGUGCUCUGAACCUGACCUGACCAGUAUUCACAUCCCCCUCGGCCCCCGCAAGAAGCUGCUGGAUGCCUGCAGCCGCCGUAACCACACGCUGCAGAGAACCAGGGCCAUAUGUGACACCGAGCUAUAAGGAUGAGAAGACACCUCGAAUGUCCCUCCUUGAACUCGACACACAGCCAGCACAGCAGCUCACCCCACCCUCCCUCACAGUGGGCUUCUGAAGCGUUCACAUGCGUUACCUGAAAGCACCUGAAUGAGCCUGUCUGCUGUGAAUGUGAUCGUUCUAAGCACUUCACAUGUAUUUCUUAUUAGAGCAGAGUAGUUUUGUGAAGAAGAGUGCUUGCCGAAUACGCUUUGUGUCUCUCCGUUUCUUACGAUCAUUAGUAGGAAUUACUGA